AUGUCUUUCUACGACAACAACGCUGCUUCCUGGUCGGCCCCAGGCCGUCAGCCAUCAUGGGAACAACAGCCGCCGCCUUCGCGCUCCGACACCGCUUCCGCCUCGUCCCAGCUCGCCGAUUCCAAUGCAUUUGCAUCGCAAUUCGAGGAGAUCGAUCGCGCCACAGACAAUCUUAUGAAGAGCGGGAAAUGGCUUCCUGGUCAGGUAGCCGGCGCUGGUGUGCCUGGUGCGCCUGGGCGGAGAGAAAGCAUGCUGGGAGGAGGGAGAAGCUUCGGGUACGAUUCCGACCCACGAAUGGGCGGCCCAUCGCGACAUUCGUCAAUGAGCGAGUUUGACGGCGCGCGACCAGGCUCUGCAGGACUCCAAGGCUAUUACGCGGGUCAGCGAUUUCCAGGUGGAAGGCAAAGCGAGGCAGAACAAAUGCUCCAGGCUAAGCGCAGGAUGGCUGCCCAGCGUGAACGGGAGCUGCGCAACUACCACCAGGAGCAGCAAUACAACAGAACGGUAUCUGGUGGGAAAACCAGUAGCGACCGAUCGAUGAGCCCUGCGACCAUGAGCGAAGAUGAUCGCCGUGAACUUAUCGCGCGUCAGCACCGUGCAUUGUAUGGCGACAACUCGAGCUUGUACAACGCGGACGGAUCGCGCUCGCAAUCUCAGGAUGUUCGUGUUCCGAGUGGCGGUCGUGGACCUUCUCCGUUGGCUUACGAUCCAUUUGGCGCUCAAGCUCAAGCUCAAGCUGGUGCGGAUGGUGCAGUGCAAAUGCCUCCACGUGCGGAAAGUACUGCAUCUCCUGCCUCGAACGCACCAAUUCAGCAAUUUGGCCUACUAAACAAUGCUCAACAGAGUAGUCGCACGUCCACUUCCUCUCAAGGCGGAUCGCCGCCACUUGCGCCGGGAGCCAAGGGUGGCAGUCAAGGCGUUGCGCCCAUUGGUACACGACCGGUACAGGGUGCUGGAUCCACUGGUGCGAUGAACAACCGCGCAACCACCCCUCUGACUCCAUCCUCCUUGAGCUAUGGCUUCAACGCCAGCGACGGGCCACAAGGGAACAUCGGCAAAGACGAACGCUCGACAUCAGCAGCAUCGAACCCGGCCCUUGCAGCAGAAAAGAAUUCCAGUGGACUCGGCAACUGGGGCAGCAGCAGCGGUCAUUGGGGUUCCAACAAGAAUACCCUCGCCGUGCAGCCUUCUUCCUCUCCUCGCCCCUCGUCGCCCAUCAACUCGCCUACCACGGGCACCACCACCGCACGCCCGGCAUCGCCCAAGGCGCCAGGUGGACCAGCGACCGCAAUUCGAAGAAAGGCGGCUGCUGAUAGACAGGACCGUAUUGCUAGCCAGCGUCCCUCGAGCACAAGAGCCGCAGGUGCAGGUGGAAGCAGCAGCACUAUGCUGAGGCUGUACACCGAUGAGUCUCCAGGUCUCAAGGUCGACCCGUUUGUGGUCAUGGUUUUGUCGAUUGGAUUCAUUAUCUCUGUUGUUGCACUUCACAUCAUCGCAAAAUUCACCAAGAGAUUCUCAUCAUAG